AUGAAUCACCCGGGCGCUGGAAAUCGUCCGCCCAGCUAUACAGCCAACUUUCCUCCCGGUCAAAAUCCCCUCGGCCGCACCAGUCCCCUCACCCAGCAGCCCAACCGCACUCCUCCCAGCCAAAUGGUUGGCGGUCCGCCCCCGAUCAACACCGGUGCCCCCGUGGGCUACCCUCCCGGAAUGGCUCCCAUGGGCCAAGGUCCUCCCCCGAUGGGAGGUCCUCCCGGCUUUGGACAGCCUCCUCCACCUCAGGGUUACCCUCCGGCCGGUCCUCCUCCUCCUCAAGGCGGUCCCAUCGGUCAGCAGUUUCAGCGCCCGGGCCCCGCUGCUGAGGUUGAGGGAGCCAGCCGGAGCAAGGCCCAGCUGAUCGUGGGCAUUGAUUUUGGUACCACUUUCUCUGGCGUUGCUUUUGCGUUUGCGACCAACAACGAGGCCAAGGAAGACAUUAUUACUGAGUGGCCAGGUGCUGGUUCUUACACCAAGCAAAAGAUUCCCACAGUGCUUUACUACGAUCAAUACCAAAAGGUGGUAGGAUGGGGUCCCGAUAUUGCUGACGCCCUCGCUCCCACCGGAUACCCCAAGCCCGGUGUGCAAAAGGUUGAGUGGUUCAAGCUUCAGCUGAUGCUCAGCGGAAACACCUACAUCGAUCCCAUCAACCUCCCUCCUCUGCCCCCAGGAAAGUCCGAAAUCGAUGUCGCCGCCGAUUACCUCUUCAAGCUCCGACAGGCCAUGCGGUCAGCUCUGCAAAAGACGCUGGGUGAAGUCUUUAACCGAGAAGAGCGCAACAUCCGAUACUAUCUGACCGUGCCUGCUAUCUGGAACGAUGCCGGCAAAGCCGCCACCAGAGCUGCAGCCAUCCAGGCUGGUUUCCUUAGGGACGAGAACGACAACCGUCUUACCCUGGUCUCUGAGCCCGAGGCAGCCGCCCUCUUCUGCUCCAAGACUGGUCUCCUGAACCUCAAGGUCCACGAUGCCGUACUGAUUGUGGAUUGUGGUGGUGGUACUGUCGAUUUGAUCGCGUACGAGGUCGAGGAGGAGAACCCCUUCACUGUCGCUGAGUGUACAGCUGGUUCCGGUGACUCGUGUGGUUCCACCGCCCUGAACCGAAACUUCAGCAACAUUCUUCGGACCAAGAUCCGCAAGAUGAAGCUUCCCGAUGGUUCCAAGACGGCUGGUCGUGUCUAUGCCAAGUGUAUCAUGGACUUUGAGAACCGAAUCAAGGCCGAUUUCCGGAAUAACGGCCAGAAGUGGGCUGUCGACGUUGGUAUCGAGGCUGAGUUCCCCGAGGCCGGCAUCGAGGAGGGUUACAUGACCUUCUCCAACGAGGAGAUUCUCCAGUGCUUCGAGCCCGUUGUUAACCGCAUUCUGGAGCUCGUGAGAAACCAAAUCAUUGCCAUCCAGGCCCAGAACCGUACCCUCCAGAACAUCCUGGUGGUUGGUGGUUUCGGUGCUUCCGAGUACCUCUUCCAGCAGAUCAAGCUCCACGUUCCUCCCCAAUUCCAGUCCAAGGUCGUCCGCCCCAUGGACUCAGUGGCCGCCAUCGUCAAGGGUGCCGUCACCGCCGGUAUCACGGAGCGAAUCAUCACCCACCGUGUUGCCCGUCGACACUACCUCAUGGCCACCCUCCAGCCCUUUAAGGAAGGCUACCACCCUGAGGCCUACCGUGUGCCCUCUCUGGACGGCAAGGACCGUUGCAAGUUCACCCGACAGAUCUUUGUCCAGAAGGGCCAAAAGGUCAAGAACGGCGAGCCUGUCAAGGUCUCGUUCUUCCGACAAGUCGCUCCUGGCGCCACCCUCAUGUACGAGGAUGUCCUGUACGCCUGUGACGAUGACGUCUGCCCCGAAUACACCAAGGAUCCCCGCAUCAAGGAAGUCGUCACGCUUACCUCGGAUCUCUCCCGCAAGAACCUGGAGAAGGACUUUGAACGAAUGGAUACCCCGCAAGGCACCUUCUACCGAGUCUACUUUGAUAUCUACCUGACCCUGGAUGGCUCUGAAUUCAGCGCCGAGCUUGUCUGCCAGGGCGAAGUCAUGGGCCGCUGCCGUGCCCGCUUCCGAUAA